AUGUUAGCGGUGCGUGAAGCAGAGCACAAGCCUACUGGGACCUCACUGGCUUGGCUUGACCAGAAAAGGCAGGAGCUAACGGAGAGGGAAACCCAUGUGUCUGCUGCACGGGAACAAUUUGUGCAGGCAGCGAGCAAAAUUAUUGACAAUUACCAUAUCCAAGUGGAGAAGAGAGAGGCCAUUCUGCACUUGACAAAGGAUGCGUUUGAAAAGGUGCUUAAAAUCUAUACCUGGACGCCUGACUGGGCCCUGAAAUCCGUAGGUGCUACAAUUGAUGUGGAGAGGACCUCCAAGAGUUAUGGUGGGAAAGUCAGGAAGAAGUGGUGGAUUUUUCCACUCUUUUCUUUUGCAAAACAUCCGGAGACUAUACUGCAGCCCAGUAUCUCCCCAGGCGACUGCUGGGCCUUCCGAGGAUCUAAGGGACAUGUUGUCAUUCGGUUGCCGGUGAGAAUCUGGCCAACAGCUUUCACCAUCUGGCAUAUCUCGAAGGCAGUCUCUCCUUCCGGGGAAGUCAGCAGCGCCCCAAGAGAGUUUGCCGUCUCUGGAGUGGAUGAGGACAAAACAGAAACUCUCCUUGGGCUAUUCAUCUACGAUGUGGACAGAGUGAUUGCUCAGACCUUCCACGUGCAGAAGGAGCCUCCCAGAACCUUCCGCCAUAUCAAACUGGAGGUGCAAAGCAACUGGGGCAACCCAGAAUACACCUGCAUCUAUCGAGUGCAGGUUCAUGGGCAGACAGAAAAGCCACAAGAGUUUAUUAAACAAGAAUAAUAACAUUAAAAAGAUGUGGCAGCUCAGUUUCAGCCAACCUUGAGGGUCAUACCUGAAGCAGUGUACUGGGUUUACGUGACAAGGCGUUGGUAGCUGGAGGGGGCUGCAGAGAUGUUCCGAGUUUUAAAUUGGGCGUCGCUGCUGUUUUGCAGCCACUCGCCAAGGCAGCCACCCCCUGACGAUAUAAAGGCAGUCCCUAGGGAAGGCCAUGACCCAGGAAUGCUGCAGACAGAACAUGCAAACAGGACAGGCUUGGCAGUUAGCACCGUCAGUUUCCGCGGGGCAGGGAGGAGCACAGGGAGUGUCCUAUCCUCCCCUUCCCACCUCCCUUUCUCUUCCUCCCCUCUCCUCUGGGAACUUUGCCUCUUACAACUUAUAAUUUUAGCGAGGAAGCUACCACAGAGAGUACUAGGGAGCCUGCUGGUUUGCCAUGGUUGGACCCCAGCAGAAGGCUGUUGUCAAGAAAAAUGAAUGGAGACCCAGACAGAGGCCCCACACAAACAUGCGAGUGCACAGGGCUCGGGCUGCAGCGAGUGCCAGAGCCUGGCCCUUGCAGUGCAGGGCGGCAGAGACAACACCUGCAUCAGAUGCAACCAGGUGAAUGAUUUACUCAGCCUAGUGGCUGACCUGAAGGAAGAGAUGGAGAGGCUGAGGAGCAUUAGGGAGAGUGAGAGGGAGAUAGAUUGGUGGAGCCAGUCCCUAGCAGCCCUGAGGCUUAGGCAGCCAGCAGAGGCUCCAUGAGAAGCCCAUCACCCCCUACCGCCUUGCGAGCAGGUAAUAGGAGGGGACCAGCAGGCAGACAGAGCUCCUGCUACAGAGAACCCCCUCUCCUCUCCUCUCCUCCCCUGAACAAUGAUGGUGAUGAACUGGGGGACAGGGGACAAUGGCAAAAGACUGAUCAAUGGCUCAACGUUACACGCGUAGCAGGUGCACCUGCCCGGUGGUUCCCCUGCCUCCCCAGCUGCCCCUGCAGAACUGGUACGCUGCUCUGCGAGGACAACUGGACAGUGGUGAGGAUGAUGGCUCUUCCUACUUGGAGGUAUCACCAAAUCUAAUCAGACUACCCACUGCAUUAAAACCUCCUCAGUAAAAAGAAGGUUUUUGUUGUUUCAGGCAGGCAGUGAUGAAAUGGGAAGACCUUCUACUAAGGACUAUGAAGAAGGACUUCAGAGGCUUGGGGAGACUGGC